UCGGCACCGAUGCCUCGACAAACUUGCCGGAGCAGAGCAGUUGCUGGAUGUGGACCAGAGGCGCACACUCGUGAGUCCAAAACUUGCUUUCGCAUCUAAAUCGCAUUCUUUUUAAUUUCAGGACAGAAUCUGUGACGAAUCCUUUAUGCUAGUCUGGAAGCCUAAAUUCUUCUUCUGGACUUCGAAACAGAGAUUGAAUUUCCACGUCUUAUCCACUGUAUCUCAUUUGCCUCCUCCGCUCUCUUCUCUUCCACCGACGCCUGGGAUCAACCAAAUUAAGCAAGCCCAUGCUCGCAGUGUCGUUUUUGGCCUUGCUAAUGAUGGCCGCAUCAUGGGUCACCUCCUCGCUUUCCUUGCCAUUUCUUCCUCUUCUCUUCCAUAUGAGUACGCCUGGUCAAUUUAUCAGUCUAUUGCUCUUCCAAGUGUUUUUGCCACCAAUAACAUGAUCCGGUGCUUCGCGAAAGGGGACUUACCUCGCGAGUCGAUUUCUCUUUACUCACACAUGCGCCGAAGUUUUGUGGAGCCUAAUAAACAUACUCUGACCUUUGUGUUGCAAGCUUGUAGCAACGCUUUGGCCAUCUGCGAAGGGAUUCAAGUUCAGACCCAUGUGAUAAAAUUUGGUUUUGUCAAAGACGUUUUCGUUCGGAAUGCGUUGAUUCAUUUGUAUUGUACUUGCUGCAGAGUCGAAUGUGCUAGACUGGUGUUUGAUGAAAUUCCCGGUGGUCGAGAUGUAGUAUCUUGGAAUUCAAUGAUAGCUGGUUUAGUUAGAGAUGGACAAAUUUAUGUUGCAGAGAAACUGUUUGUUGAAAUGCCCCAUAGAGAUGUGAUCUCAUGGAGCACCAUGAUAUCUGGCUAUGUCCAAAAUGGGCAACUGGAGAAGGCAUUAGACUGCUUUAAAGAGAUCAGGGAGCAAAAAAUGAGACCAAAUGAGGCAAUAUUGGUGUCCUUGCUCGCAGCAGCAGCCCAACUGGGUAUGCUUGAGUAUGGAAAAAUGAUCCAUUCCAUUGCAGACUCGUUGAAAUUUCCAAUGACUGCAUCUCUUGGCACAGCACUAGUUGACAUGUAUGCCAAAUGCGGGUGUAUUGACGAGUCCAAAUUCUUAUUUGACAGAAUGCCACAGAAAGAUAAAUGGUCUUGGAACGUAAUGAUUUGUGGGUUGGCGUCGCACGGCCUUGGGCAAGAAGCACUUGCACUAUUUGAGAAGUUUACAACUGAGGGUUUCUACCCAGUCAACGUGACAUUCAUUGGAGUGUUGAAUGCGUGUAGCAGAGCCGGUUUGGUCAGCGCGGGAAGACAUUUUUUUAAGCUUAUGACGGACACAUAUUGCAUUGAACCAGAGAUGGAACACUAUGGUUGCAUGGUUGAUCUCUUCAGCCGUGCUGGGUUAGUUUAUGAUGCUGUUGAAAUGAUUGACAGGAUGCCUGCUGCUCCAGACCCCGUCUUGUGGGCGACGGUGCUUGGUUCUUGUAAGGUUCAUGGAUUUGUAGAACUGGGUGAGGAGAUUGGGAACAAGUUGGUUCAAAUGGAUCCCUCUCACAAUGGGCAUUACGUCCAGUUAUCCAGUAUCUAUGCCACACUAAGAAAGUGGGAAGAUGUAAGCAAGGUUAGGAGACUAAUGGCUGAAAGAAACACUAACAAAAUUGCAGGAUGGAGCUUGAUUGAAGCAGAAGGCAGAGUUCACCGCUUUUUCGCGGGAGAUAAGGAGCACGAGCGAUGUACAGAGAUCUACAAGAUGUUGGAAAUAAUUGGAGUACGAAUAGCAGCAGCGGGAUACUCAGCAAAUCUUUCAUCUGUACUACAUGACAUAGAGGAAGAAGAAAAAGAGACUGCCAUUAAAGAGCAUAGUGAAAGGUUGGCAAUUGCUUUUGGCUUGCUGGUGACUCGAGCUGGGGACUGCAUUCGUAUUAUCAAGAAUUUAAGAGUUUGUGGAGAUUGCCACGAGGUAAGCAAGAUAAUUUCUCAAGUCUUUCAAAGAGAGAUAAUUGUUAGAGACGGCAGUAGAUUUCACCAUUUUAAAAAUGGUAGUUGUUCUUGUCUAGAUUAUUGGUGAAAGAUGGUGUGACCCUUCCAAGUUCCGAAUCAAAUUAUUUCGUUAAGGCAAUCACAAAAGAUAUUUUCAUGAUUGAAGGGUGAGAAGUUGUCGAUCAAAUCCAAACAUUCAUGUUAAGGCAAUCACAUAAGAUAUUUUCAUGAUUGAAGGGUGAGAAGUUGUCAAUCAAAUCCAAACAUUCAUGUAGAUGCAGAGUAAUUUAACAUGUGAAGAUGUGAAUUCAAAC